GAUUUUCUGAUUUUCUCUAGCCUUCUUUAGAAAUUAUUUAUGACGUUAAUAUUACAAGCGACCUUGUAAAGUGUAAACUCGUUGUUCAGAUGAUGUAUCUCGUUUUCUUUAGCUCAAAGGGCAAAACAAGACAUUGAACCAACACCAGACACCACGUCGACCUGUUAUCUACCAGGAGGAUAAAAGUUUCCAUAUUUAGUCAGUCAAAAUCUCGAAAUCUACGGUUACAAUAGUAAUUCAUCCUUUACUAGAACACGUCUUCUGUGGGUAUAUAUAUACACGCAUAAUUGAUCACUUGGUCCUAAAUUAUCUCCAAAAGUUUGAAAUCUUAUCAGGGUUCAUCAUAUCAUCAUCGAUUCUUUCAGAUAUUUUAGUCGGUAAUGUUUUUUAUAUAAAUAUAAGUUGAACCAUCACUGUCUAUAGGAUAAAGGUUUAAUCUUUGGAGGAAUUUAGGUUCAGAUCUGCACAGUUCUAUGUGGGUCUGCUUUCUUUUUGGUUGUUAUUACAUGAAGCUUAGAUCACACUUCACUUUCUUUCUCUUUUUUCCACUUUACGCUGCCUUCACGAUUUCCUUUAUCAUUUUUUGUCUAAAUUAUUUUGAGUAUGUUCUGGAAAUCAGCAAUCAUAUUUUUUCCAUUUUUUGGCUGUUCUCUGGAUCGUUAUAAAUACUUGCAUUGGUAUUGCACCCUUAUUCAGACAUUUCUACCAUUUACAAACAAUUAGGUGAUAAAUAAUUUGUCCUUACAAAUCAAAUUAAGGAGUAUGUUUGAAGUAAAUGUUAACCUUCGUUUGGAAGAUCUUCUACUGCAUUAGUCGAUCAUGAAAAAUGCAUUUUUCUUCUUUUAUUUCAGGAGUUAAUUGAAUCAUUCUUGGUAAUUGAUUUGAAUCUUAUGAAAAUCUGGUCUUGUUUCGUAGGUGAGUGAUUUGACAAAUGGCUACCAAUGGAACAAAGCCCCCUCCAGAGCCUUCACCUUUGAGAAAGGCCAAAUUUUUCCAGGCAAACAUGAGGAUUUUGGUAACUGGUGGCGCUGGCUUCAUUGGGUCUCACCUUGUUGACAAGCUUAUGCAGAAUGAGAAGAAUGAGGUUAUUGUUGUGGAUAACUAUUUCACUGGAUCAAAGGAUAACCUCAAACAGUGGAUUGGCCAUCCAAGAUUUGAGCUUAUUCGCCAUGAUGUCACAGAGACACUGUUGGUGGAGGUUGACCAAAUUUAUCAUCUUGCUUGUCCUGCUUCCCCCAUUUUCUACAAAUACAAUCCUGUUAAGACAAUUAAGACAAACGUAAUUGGGACAUUAAACAUGUUGGGGCUUGCCAAGAGAGUUGGAGCAAGGAUUCUGCUGACGUCAACUUCAGAGGUUUAUGGAGAUCCUCUUGUGCACCCUCAGGACGAGAGCUAUUGGGGCAAUGUUAAUCCAAUUGGAGUUAGAAGCUGCUAUGAUGAGGGGAAGAGAGUGGCCGAGACUUUGAUGUUUGAUUAUCACAGGCAACAUGGAAUAGAAAUCCGUAUUGCUAGAAUCUUCAACACUUAUGGACCUAGAAUGAACAUUGAUGACGGUCGUGUUGUCAGCAACUUCAUUGCUCAAGCUAUUCGCAAUGAACCCUUAACUGUGCAGUUGCCCGGAACACAGACCCGUAGCUUCUGCUAUGUUUCUGAUAUGGUUGAUGGUCUAAUUGGACUUAUGGAGGGAGACAGUACUGGGCCAAUUAACAUUGGGAAUCCGGGUGAGUUCACAAUGAAAGAACUUGCACAGACUGUGAAGGAGAUGAUAAAUCCAGAGGUGGAAAUCAUAGAGGUAGAGAAUACUCCCGAUGAUCCCAGGCAGAGAAAGCCAGACAUCACAAAGGCAAAGGAGUUGCUUGGGUGGGAACCGGUGGUCAAAUUGCGCGAUGGUAUUCCUCUUAUGGAAGAAGAUUUCCGAACCAGGCUCGGUAUACCCAAGGACAAGAAAUCCAGUCAUUGAUGGAAGUAUUAUUGCCUUCUUCUCCAAGACUCUUAAAGGAUGUUUUCUAUACCAUGUUCUACUAGUGGGAGUUUAUUAGUUAUAGAUGACCUUGUCAAGCUAUAAAUGAAUGUGGACAAUAUGGCACAAUAGAGUUUUUUUUUGUGUGCAUGGUUGAGUCUCUUUACCAUGGGAAUAAUUAAUAAAGUUCUGCUUAUCUUUCCUUCGCAAUUUGGAUUAAAGUUCAGUUCUUGC